UCACUAUAUAAGGGCAGUGAUGCAACCCCGAGCGGUGUUCCGCAACUUUUUCGGAAAGUGCACAGGUCGGGCGGCAGAGCUGCUCCAGGAGCGAAGCGAAGCAGCAGUGGUUCCCGGCGGCCAGAGGUAGUCCACCGAGAGGCAAGACCGACAUGCUGCAACACAUUGGUCAAGGAUCUGCAUCAGAUGUCAGCACCACUGCAGUUGUUCCAUGUACCUCACCCUCCAUGUCUUUGGUAUUUGAUGAGUUUACCUACAUUACACCUUUGGUCAAGGAAGAGCUGCGAUUUGCCAUUCAAAGCAAACGGAUAUCAAAUGGAGCGCCAAGCAUGGAAUUUGUCACCGGAACUGAGAGCUCAAGUGACACAGUGGAAAGAUGGUUGACCCCACGUGAAGAUGAAAGGAGAAGCAGGAGACGGGAGAGAAACAAAAUAGCAGCAGCUAAAUGUCGAAAUAAAAAGAAGGAGAGGACCGACACAUUGCAAAAAGAGUCUGAAAAACUGGAAUCUUUGAAUGCAGAGUUGAAAGCACAAAUAGAGGAACUGAAAACCGAGAAGCAGCAGCUGAUUUACAUGCUGAACCUGCACAGGCCGACGUGUAUAGUCAGGGCUCAGAAUGGGAGAACUCCAGAAGAUGAGAAAAAUCUUUUCAUCCAACAGAUCAAAGACGGAACACUACAGAAUUGAACCUGUAAAGGAAAUAAAAUCCUGGAUCCAGAAGCCGUCUCCCAGGCAACACCAAGAACAGAAGUAGCUUAAUGUUAGUAUAUUACUGACCUGCUUAAGGAAGGGCUGUUCGUUAGCCAGAAGAACUUGCACUUUCACCGUCAUGGAUUUCAUCUGUUUCACUAAAUGCGAAUGAACUUGGAAAAGCCCUGCAUUUAAACUGCAUGCAACUGGGAGAUUAAAAAAAAAACAUUUACUCUCUUGUCUCGCCAUUAGGCUGCACAAUUAUUUUUUUAUUAGUGACGCAGGCGUCAUGCUUUCCUUGUCCAUUGUUGCUGUUGAUGCCCCGUUCAUGUAUCCGCAUGCCAGCCAUGUUUGUGAUAUUGUUACUUUGGAGGCGUGACUCUUAUACCUUGUAGCUUUUUACUCUGAAGCACUUACACUCGUUCAGAAUGUUAUUAUGAGUGUGUUACAUAAAUCUCAGAUGGAAAAGCAAUGUUACGAAAGAGUUAAGCGUGUAUGUACAAGUACUAACGAGUUUUAAAUGGAGUGCUCUAAUAUAAUUUUUUUUUCUACACUGUGAUAGUUGAAGUUUGUAUUUGAUACAUUUUAAUAAUAAAAUAUUGACAUAUCAUUUAA